GUCUGUCAUGACAAACUGGUAUCGGAGCCAAAGGUAUUCAACACCAGAGCACAAAUUGUCGCCUAGGUUUUUCCAGAUCUGUUCGUGUGUAGCCGCAGCCGACAGCCGUCCAAAUCCUUUGCCGUUGAAGAGCGUCGCUGUGUAGGAUAUUUGCAUAGCGGCAGGAGCUGCGAUCCAGAGGAGGGACGCGUAGGAGCGAGGAUGAGCAAACCAACGCCGCCGUCGAAGUAGCCGCUGGAGAUCCGUUUAGCCGAGCGCCGGCGCAGGUUUGAUUCUGCCGUUGGUCCGUCCAAUACCCCAGUCAAACACGCGCAGAGGAGUCGCCUCUUGUCGUCAAGAAAUCGCCGCCGUCCGUCCAGCAGUCGUCACGUCAGAAUCGCGUCCAGCCGCAGCCGCCCAGUCGCGCACAGUGCCGUCCUUCCGCUGUCCAGUUUUGUAGCUGCCGAAGAAGAUAGGUUUUGGUCAUCUAUUCCGCUGUGGAGUUUUGUGAGAAGAAAAAAAAAAGAGGAGGGUUUGGGCUCUUCUUGAAUUGAUUUGGGCUGAAUAGAAAAUCAGGCAUCAGGACUAUCUGUUACGGGUAAGGGACAGAAGACCUUUGGAAAAAAGAAGCCAAACUUUAAAGGUUCAAAAGGUCUUAAGCCCAGUGACAUUUGCAACUACUGCAAAGAACUAGGGCAUUAGAAGUUUGAUUGUCCUAAGCAGAAGAUGCAGAAAAAGGACAAGAUCGAGGAUGCUCACGGUUCUGCAACUAUGGCAGAAGCUGAUGAUACAAACUCUGAAGAAGAUCUGGUUCUAUUUGUCAAUAACCAAACACAUUGUAAAGGUGGAGUUAUGAGUGUCUACAAGGAUUCGAAGGUGGUUCUGAAAGGUAUUAAACAUGGUACCUUAUAUCUUCUACAGGGAUCGGUCAUUGUUGCAUCUGAGAUUCAUAGAGGUGAUGAAAGUCUUGAUGUUAAGGUGGAGGUUCCAUCUGCACGGAUUGAGACUGUUGAUCACCUAGAAGAAUAUAUAAUCUGUUUCUACGCCUCAAUGAGGCGAUCUGUGCCCCGGGAGGGGGCAAUCUGGGCCCGUUUGGGGCAAUCUGACCCAUGAAGGGCAAUCUGGACUUCAAGAGGAGUCAUCUAGACACUAGGUUGGUGUCAUCUGUUUCUGUUCAGGUUCCAUGAAGAGUCAUCUGGACUUAAUGUGGAGUUUGCAUCUGUUGGUGUUUUAGCUUGAGUUAUCUGUUCCCAUGAAUGAGGGAAAUCUGUUUUGGUGUGUCACUACACUUCCGAACUCAAGUGAAACAAUUUGUCCCUGUCUUUUAGUGACAUUUGUGUCCUUGGUUGGACUUCUGGUACCUACAGUACAUCUGGUCACUUCUGGAAGGAAAUCUGGUACAUCUAGUGUCUUUUGAGGAGAUUCAAGUCAAGGUGGAGAUUUGUUAGAAAAUGCCUUGAAUCUGUAUUCUAGACGU